AUGGCGCAUGCAAACUCUGACUGGAUUGUUCGGCUUCACUAUGCUUUCCAAGAUCAACGAUAUCUAUACAUGGUCAUGGAGUAUAUGCCCGGUGGUGAUUUAGUGAAUUUGAUGACAACGUACGAUGUGCCUGAGAAAUGGACAAGAUUCUAUGCUGCUGAACUUGUCGAAGCCCUCGCUGCACUUUCAUUCGAUGGAGAUGUCAAGCCAGAUAAUAUGUUGAUCUCUCGAAGCGGCCACAUAAAACUUGCAGAUUUCGGCACGUGUGUCCCGUAA